CAAAGAAAAAGGGUGGUGUCGUGGUGUAGGUAAAGUAAAAGAGUGUGUUGGGGAGGGGAAGUUUAGGGUGAGAGGGUCUAGUAGUAAAGUAGUACUAGUAAGUAGUAGUAGUACUAAAUCACGAUGCCCACACACGCGCGCACACGUCUUCCGGAGUGGAGGAUCACGAGCUGGUGCAAUUGGGUCCGAAAGGUUAAGAGGGAGGAAGCAAGGGAGAAAGGCAAAGUCACGGUCUGGGUCAGAAGACUCAAUGGCAGCGAGUUGGGGAGAAAGAUGGGGGUGAAAGACAGAGGCGCGUGGUCAUCCGCGUCGAGGGUUCGGUGGUUCCCCUUUGCGGUGAAACUAAGCAACGUCCAGCCUCAUAGCGUGUCUUUCUUCUUCCCUUCCACGCGUCGGCCGCUUUUCAACAUCCACUUUUAUUUACGGCGUUGUGGUUUCUCCGUGGAAGAGGAAAUAGUAACACUCUACACUGAAUGAUUGCCCGUUCGGUAGUUUCAUAAUUGGGAAUUGGUGUUUGAUCUCUCUACACGUGCAAUCCAGGUGUUUCUGUCAUUCUCGGGUUCCACUUCAUCGCGAUCUAGCAAAGAUGCAAGCAG